AUGCACCUUUUGGCUGGCUGGAUGAUAGGUAUGCUUCUUGCUGGGGCGAUCGCCUUGGCUGUGAUCCUGGCAUUGACGCCUUCCGUGAUCCGUCGACGAUUCUACGAACCGUUUGUCCGAUUUCAUCAGGCACUGGCCAUCCUAUACGUGUAUUACACGUGGCGAUAUCUUCCGUCCGAGUAUUUGCUGCCCCGGCUGUAUCUGUAUAUUCCGCUCGUUGUCGGUUCGGUCUCGCUAUACACGCAUCUCAUCCGGUUGGUGUACGCAAAUGGCAUCUCCCCCCCGCGGCUGUCUAAUGCUGUGGUCACAUGCAACCCUUCCGCCUGGGACACGCCACGGUCUCACGCGGGAACGCCACUGACCAUCCGCAUCACUUUGCCAAAACCGUUGAAAGUGGAUGCGGGCCAGUACGUCAGCCUGUGGCUCCCCACUGCAAGCCUCCUCUCAUGGUCGCAGACACACCCAUUCAUGGUGACGUCGUGGUCUCCGGAGCGACAGGAGGUGCUAGAGCUACUGGUUUAA